AAGACAGCAUCAGCAGGGGUGCAGGCAGAGAGCAAGGGAUAUCAAAAUGAUACGUUUCGGUUUCGGAUCUUCGUUUUCAUCGAUUUUCAAAGCAGUCAUUCUCUUUGUCGUGAAAGCUGCACUGCUCCAAGAUGGAUUCGUCGUCUUUGUACUAGCUGCUCUGGACACUGAGCUGGUUCUGGAAGAGUUUUCGUUUCUUUUUGGCCGCGCCAGGAAACAGUGCCGGGAGGAAGCAGUUGAUGCAAAUUCUACUUUUGAGGACCUGCGAUCUCCGUGUCUUGUGCAGGCAGAGAAUGGCGUGCUGUAUCAAGUGUACGGGCAGGGGCUGCUUGCGAUAGCACCAGGCGGUGAAGAGCAAACACAAUUAUCCUCUGAGAUCGAAGGCGGUCAGGAGCCGAGCCAGCCGCGCAGUGUGGAGGUGGUCCACGGGGUAGACACAGAAGGAGAGAAAUCCACUGGCGGAUCUACUGCUUUGUCGUCGCUAGUGAAGACCCACGUGGGCGUGGACUUCUUUCGAACUGACGCUCCCGUGAGCGUCAAAAUUCGGGUAGGGGCGGGCGUAUACACAGUGCAGGACCCGAACCGGUUUGUUGCGCCAGAGGACUCGAGUUCGGACGGAGGGGCAGUAAAGGAAGCAGCAAAGGACGAAAGGGCACCAAAAGAAGCAAUGCGCAAAUCCUUCACCGUGGAAUUCGAGCCCCAGGGACGCAUUCUGUCGCUGAGUCCACGCCAUCUCACGCUUCCAGCUGUUGUGAUCCCCGACGCGAAAACGAAGCACGUCCGGUUUUGGGAAAACUGGGCCGCCAAAUCGUGCUCCUCCUUGUUGCGAGGCCGCGCAGGGGGGAGGGGAGGGGUCCGUGGUGGCAAGGAAGGACAAGCAGACGACGCAGCGACGGUGGAAAAGGCCAUGUUGGAGAAUUGCCGGAGGGUGCAGCAAAACAAGUCCGUAAGGACAACUACUACCCUUCUACCUUCAGCAGCGGCGGAAGUAGAUAGGGAAACAACUAAGGUUGUGUCGACGCAGCUCGAUGAAGAUGCGCCUCUUUACCAGCUGUGGGGCUCGACCAAUUUCUCCUCAUUCACGGAGUACGCAAACCGUGCCAUAGACGCAACUACUAGGUGCCGGGCCUUCGAAAACUUCCAUUACAGCGGUGAAAUGGCGCUCGGCAUCUCUUUGGCGGAUUUGCUCCUGCAAUUCAGUAGUGCGUCUGUGGUUCAUCGCCAGAAAAGUACUAGCGGCACCAGCAGUGGGGAAAAUACAAACUUGCAUACGCUUCUGGAACUCGAACUCGACGCGCAGGGACUAGACGCCGCAUUGGUUUAUUCCUUGGCGGCCUCAUCGGAGGAUCGCGCGCAUUUACGAAGAAGUACUCCAUCUUCGUCCAUGCCAGGCAGAAAUAGAACGCGCCUGCAGCGGGCUCGGUCUCUUGGAGAAGGAGAAGAACCACAGGAGCCGGAUGAGGCUCGUCCACUGGAGCUUUUGCAACGCAUCACUGUCGAGUGCCAGAAGAGCCCUCCGUGGCUUUACGAGCCGAUCUAUCAAUAUCAUGAUGUUCUGUUCAGUCAUGACCCUACCCUCACGUCAGUACCGCAGGUGGAAAACGAUUGCAAUGAGAUUGCUGCUUUUCUUCGCGCACGAUCUUUCGUGCUCGAAAGGGAGCAGCUAAACAACUGUGCCUGCGACGAAUGGAAUCUAAGUUUCAGGCGAGAAGCAAGUGCAUCCGAUUCUAU